GGAACAUCUCGCAACAUUGGGCCACUGAAAGGCGCUCACAGGACCUCCGCAAACUUCGACAGUGAUGAGCGUCUCACGUCCAGCAAGAUGCGUUUUUUCCGUCCAUACGAUGCCGACCUUUCGGCCACGCAUACGAUGUCGAAAUUUCCAUACCUCUCUUAAGCUCAGCGAGCGUCAAAGACCCAAGCGAUUGCUGAAAAGUUCAGACAUUAGCCGCAGGACAGCAGAUGAUGUUUUCAAGCAGUAUUCGCAGGAGGAGAAAGUACUUCUGGCGAAGAAGUACACGCCCGAGCAGAUCCAGGCAAUUGAAGCUGGAGAGAAGGCAAUCAGUGCAGAAGACCUGGACAAGCGCGGUGUAAUUCGUACAGACUUGGGUGCUCUCCCAUAUCUGGAUGAUCUCAGUCAGACAAGACCUGUGCUGGACAGAAAAGCCAAGUGGAAGGGUCCUGUUGAUCCCAAUGCGAGACCUAUGACAUACGAAGAGAUGGAGAGGAACUGGAAUGAGGUGGAGGAACAGUACAAGAGGGAAAGAGAUCUAGAGUGGGCCCGCAAUCCACCGAAGGAGGAAGAGAAUCCGCAUGCAGCCCUGAUGAAGGAAGUCGGCGCAAAAGACGAAGACAAAAUCCCAGCUCGGGAAAGACUUUCCCGUCUUGAUAUCAUGAAGAUUGAGGACCGGCUGUCUUCGUUCACAGGUGCUGAUGGACGACCGAUACCACGAGAGCAAGAAAUUGAUUACACAGCUCCUGGUCUGCCAAAGAAGUUCAUGGAUGAGGACACCAACAAGCCAAGUUCAAUGAAGUCUGAGGCAGAAUUGGAAAACGAAGCAGACCCUCGAGAUCCCGAUGGACUCUACAACCGAUUGAUCAAGCAGAGCGGCUUGACCUUGGAUCAGAUCUUAGAGUACAAAGUCAAGAUUCUAGUUAGGCAUCGCGUCGUCAAUCAGACUCGUCUGGGUAAGAUUGCGAGUGUCUACUGCUUGGCUAUUGCAGGGAAUGGGGAAGGCAGACUGGGUAUUGGCGAGGCGAAGGGACAGGAAACGGAGGAGACGCAGCAGAAUGCUAGAAUUGCUGCUAUUCGAAGCAUGCAGCCCAUUCCUCGAUACGAAGAACGGACUAUCUUUGGAGAGGUGGAUGGAAAGGUAUCUGCUGCAGAGGUUACGCUUAUGGCAAGGCCACCAGGCUUUGGACUCCGAUGCCAGCAUCUUAUCUUUGAAAUGGCACGCGCAGCUGGAAUUCACGACCUCGCCGCCAAAGUCCCCCGAUCCCGCAACAAGAUGAACACCGUGAAGGCCACAUACCAAGCCCUACUCAAACAACGAAUACCAGACGAGGUUGCGCGUGGGCGAGGAAAGAAGCUGGUCGAUGUGCGAAAGGUGUAUUAUGGUGGACGUGUAUAAUCUUGUAUGUACAAUUUAGACACUUCAGUGUAGGAUUAUGGGAGCAUAGACGGCGCAUAGCGAAAACAUGCAUGCAUGUGUGGCAUGACAUGGUACAGGCAUAGCGCAGUAUUUAUUGUAUUGCUUACAAUCCGCCCUUCUUGUUCUCUGUACGGCCACCUCUGUUGUGGGUAUCUUCGCAUGUAUCUCGCAAACCAAAUGUCCUGAACGCCCUGAUAUCUUCCCAUGCAAAUCCAUAGCUCGUCUUUUCUUUUCACAACUUCGUAAAUUUCACGCAACUCAUUCAUUCCUCCUGCCCGCCCUGGUCCCCAGAAUAUAUCUCCUGCUGCAAUACAAUACUGUAGACACUCGCCUUCAGUAGCGUGAAUACCAAACUUGUCUUUCUUUCCAAUUGCCUCAGUCCAUCCAGUAUCUCUGCUGUCGGUCUGCCCGCCAUUGAAUCGAGGAGACUUGCUAACUAGAAGCUACUUUGAGUCGAUGUUCGAUUGCCGGGAAAGAGGGGGAAAGCUAAAGCAAAGAGAAUAAGAACCUACCUUCUUCAUGUUCUCAGCCAAUCGCUCGUAUUCGUCCAAGACGUCUUGCUCGAGGGGUGUGAGGUCUUCCGCGGUUGCGGGUAGCGUGGUCGUUGACUCGGAAUCCAUUAUCCUUCUCUGGUUCGGAGGCGCGGGUUUUGGUUCAAAAUUUAGGAUGUUGUGUGACUGAUAAGGCAGCAGACAAGGUUGCGCAGAAGAUAUCUCGUCGUUGCUCGACACUGUGCUUAAUUUGAAGCUCUCAAGCGCGUUGAGGCUCGCGUUGAAUUUAGCUGCAGGUGUUGCCCCUCAUUCACGUGACUGCGUGAACAAUUGCACAGCAAGGUCAACCAGAAAAGGGUUGACU